AGCUGUGUUGCAAAAGUCGGAAAAUCACAAAGUGAUUUGCACACGGAACUUUUAUUUUGCACACGACACGAUGCCUUGUUCUUUAAAUGGCCGUGGCUUGAUUGAACCUGUUUCAACAGACCCGUUGCAAUUGUCAAAGUAGAAUGAGCAGUAAGGACUCGUUAGAACUGGGAAAAAUGAAUCAAGACAACGAUUUAACGAUCAACAGUGGUUACGAAAAUAAAGCUUUCCUGGAAUUUUCCAAUGAAUUCCACGAAGGAAUUGCCAAAAGCUUCCCUGAUCAAUCUGAACACAUAUUAAAUGCUUUGACCAACUCAACUUCGAUGGAUGUCGAUGAAACGUUACCCCUGCUCCUGGAUGGGCCUAGUGGUAAGAAAACGAAGUUGCCAAAUGUGAGGAUUAAGCGGGAGGGAAGUAUGGUUAGUGUUAUUUCUGAUGAAGUCAGCUUCGUCCAGCGAUCAUUUGGAAAUUCCUUUUCGUCUUAUGGGGCCAAUGAGAGUCAUGAAGACCAAAAAAAGUUGCACUGCCACACGAAAAAGCCCGACAAGACUGGAACAAAGUCUGCCCAAAGAAAGCUUACGAUAGCAAGCAUCGUUUGUUUGGUGUUUCUAAUCGGAGAAUUUAUCGGUGGAUAUAUUGCAAAUAGUUUGGCUGUCAUGACGGAUGCAGCUCAUCUUCUGUCUGACUUUGCUGGCUUCAUGAUCAGUCUUUUUGCAAUCUGGUUAGGAUCUAGAAAGGCAACCAAGAAAAUGUCAUUUGGCUGGCAUCGUGCCGAGGUCAUGGGUGCCCUGUUGUCAGUUCUAAUAAUUUGGAUUUUGACUGGCAUCUUGGUGUAUGAAGCUGUUCAAAGACUUGUUGCAGGGCAUUUGAAGAUUGAUGCAAAGGUUAUGUUAAUCACAUCUGGCGUAGGAGUUGUCAUUAAUAUUAUACUUGGGCUUACUCUGCAUGGGGAGCACGGACAUUCACAUGGGGGACAUGGCCAUAGUCAUGGGAGUGACUCAAGUCUUGAAUCCAGUCACAGUCACAUGAACACAGGGAGUAAGGGAGCCAGUGAUGAUGUGGAGAUUCAAGACCCCAAAAAGCACAAGAAACACAAGGACAUCAAUGUCAGGGCAGCUGCUAUUCAUGUUAUUGGUGAUCUCGUUCAAUCUGUUGGAGUUUUUAUUGCUGCCAUUCUCAUUUAUUUCAAGCCGGACUGGGGGAUGGCAGAUCCAAUCUGCACUUUCUUGUUCUCUGUUUUGGUUUUAAUAACAACUUUUACAAUUAUGAGGGACAUCCUAUUAGUUUUAAUGGAAGGAACACCAAGAGGCUUGGAUUUCAAAGCAGUGAUGAAUGAUUUAGAAGAAAUCAGGGAGGUGAAGAUGGUGCACAACCUGCAUAUCUGGUCACUUACGAUGGGAAAACCAGCUUUAUCAGUUCAUUUGGCAGUUGGCGAGAACCGGUCCACGCAGAGUGUCUUGAAGGAAGCGUCUUUGUUAAUCGCCAAAAAGUAUGACAUUCACCAUACAACCAUUCAAGUAGAGAGAUUUCACGAGCAAAUGGACAACUGUUCUCUUUGUAAAGAACCAAAAGAUUAGGAUUUGGUCAAUGGAGGCCUAGCUAACGCUGGAUUUGUAACAGAAAGAAGGACUUGAUUCGCUUGCGCUGUUCUCACAAUGGUAUACUUCUUUCGAAAACGACGGUCUUUCAAAAGCAACCACUUCCAUGAAAUGACCAAUUUGUGAUUCACCCAAGCCAAACCUUACUUUUUAAUCUCAAAUCUAAAUUCUCUUUAAACAGAAACUUUGUUAUGAACUAGUCAUUAGCAUCAGCAGGUUGGAUUAGGUUCUACAUCUUCGAAUCAAAUAACAGAUGAAAUCUCACUCUUUGACUGCUAAAGUUGUACCAGUUCUUCUUUAUACAUUAAAUCUCCCUUUUUACAACCGAAAUAAACAAUUAGUUGUCAGAUAAAUCGUAUUGAAUUGCAAAUCUUUUAUCAAAAGCGAAAAUGUGCAAGAAACGUAGUUUUUAAUGUAUGCAGUUUUCAAACAAGUAGAAACGCAGAAACUUGUAAUUUCGAUGUGAAAAAUCUUUUUUAUAGCAUGAAAUUUUCCUGCAAUACAUUAAGCAAUGUUGCAUUUUACGAGUUUUAUAACGAAAUCGCGUAAUAAAUUUGAAUAGUUUUUCACCAUCAUUUUUUUAAAGGCAUUUGUAGAUUAUGGCACCGGGGGUCUGUCCUGUACGAACUAGUUUUUGCGAUUUUUGCAUUAUAUCAUAAAUGUCGCUUUGUGCUAAUUUUUGCAAUCUAAAUUCUAAUAGUUUUUAUCCGCGUCCUUUGAAGUUGUCAGUAAACUAUAAGCACAUGCAAGACUUCCAAAAAAUAAAUUUUGCGAUUUGGGGUUUUUGAAAAAAUUGUCCAGAUUUAUUGUCAAUGAAGUUAUUUAUAUUCGUAAACUCUUUUCUAAA